UGGUUGCAUUCAGGAUUUGUAAGAAUUAAGAGAGAGGUUAAAUAGUAGUAGAGAGAAGGAAGAAAGAACAUGGAAAGAGAGAGAGAGAGAGAGAGAGCUUGAAAACCUUAUGGAGGAUUUGAGUUCACACUGUGUUCUUAUUUCUAUAUAGUAUAGAAAAGGGGAUUAGCGGCCCCUCUAUUCCAGAGGAAAAGAAGAAGGCUUAACCUUCUGCUGUAGGCUCCUCUCCUAUCUCAUACAAAGAGGACAGUCCAAUCAUCAUGGAAGCAGAAGCUCCAGCAGCAGCAGGAGGAUGGUAUUCUGAUGUGGGGAUGAACGGAGGCUUCUUCCACCAGUGGGGGUUCACGGAACAGUUCACUGCAGCACAGUUUGCAGCAGCUCUUGGGCAAGACUUCCAACGAUCCCUGUCGUCCGCAAGCCACAACUCAUUCCCUCGGGACCAACGACCAAAGAGACCUCUCGAAGCCAGCAGCUGGAGCUCUUGCACCACCGAGCAGAACUCAUGCCUCGUCCCUAAUGCCUCGUCUCCAACCAUCCUUUCGUUCGGGAAUCCGGACUCGUCCAUCGACCAGAACGACGUCUAUGGGGGUCUCGUCGGGGUGGUGAAGCCAAAGAGAGAGAUGGAUGCUUUACAUCAUCAUGGAUCCAAGAGGAGUUAUGGCGCCAUGGCCGAGCAGAGAUCGAAGGCAGUGAGCAACGGGACCAGGUCAACCUAUCACAACAAGGAGCACAUCAUUGCCGAGAGGAAGCGAAGGGAGAAGCUCACCCAGAGAUUUAUAGCCUUAUCAGCCGUGGUGCCAGGCCUAAAGAAGAUGGACAAGGCUUCUGUUCUUGGUGAUGCCAUCAACUACCUGAAACGACUCGAGGAGAAGGUGAAGAUGCUUGAAGACCAAGCUGCAAAGAGGACUGUCGAGUCUGCAGUUCUGGUUAAGAGAUCUCGGCUCCGUGUUGAUGUCGAUAGUUCCUCCCGUGACGAGAGCUUGGAUGGGCUCCCACAGAUUGAAGCCAAGAUGUCCGGGAAGACCGUCCUCGUCAAGAUUCACUGCGACAACCGCAAAGGAUUGCUGGUGAAGGUACUCUCUGAGAUCGAGAAGCUCCACUUAUCUGUUGCCAACACAAGUGCGAUAAGCUUCGUGGGUUCUUCUCUCGAUAUUACUGUCAUGGCUCAGGUUGAGGAGGGUUUCGACAUGACGGUGAAGGAUGUUGUGACACAGCUGAGUUCUGCUUUCAGACAGCUUACAUGAAGAACUUGCUGUCAUCACGCUGUUCUAGCAAAGUAAAUUGGUAGAAGUCCUUUUUGUCAUCAGUCUCAACAGUGCAAAAGCAGGCUAAUGGUUUGCGAGCUUCAAUUCUGUAUCAAUUUGUACAAUAUGGUAGCGAUAUGCAUUGUGUCCUGUCACAUAUGGUUCUGAAUCAUGUGUUUAUCUUCUCUUA